CUUCUUUCUUUUUUCUCCUUGCUCGUCGUCUCUUUUGUUCGUGGGGCGGGAAACUGGUUCUUCCGGGGAAAAUAGAGCUCUCUCCUCCCUCCAAAAAGCUCACUGCUACUUCAAUUUUGAAACCCUAGUUACAAUGUCACACUAAUCUUUGAAAAUCCCCAAAUUUCCCAAAUCGAAUGGCAUUUUCUUCUCAAUUGUUAUCACCAAACGCCGAUAACAAGCAGAGAGAAGACGCCGAAGAAGAAGCGCCGCCGGAGGAGCAGAAAGUACUGGUUCAAUCGGAAGAAGAUCAUCGUCAUCACCAUCGCGAGGCGAGGUACGUUGCCCUUGACCUCGUGUACUCAGCUACAUCCCCUUGCAGUUACGCGAAUGUCAUGUCUAAGAAGGUGAAAGCUAGGAAAUACUCCAUUUUAGGGGUUCAUAAAGAUGCCAUCUCCGUGGAUCCAAAGUCAUCGCCACCGAAACCACCUGUCAUUUAUUUCUACUCUCGCAGUCGCCGUCGCAAAAGGAGUGAUAGUUUCCAUGGCACUUCUGUUUAUGAUAGUUUUCGUUCGAAUCCAAAUAUAGUUUCUGCUGUUGUACCGAAAGUUGAGGAUGUUGAAUUUGAUGGCGAAGAUCGGGAGGUGAGGUCUAUUGGGGUCUUGGAAAAUUCUAGUAACAAGAAGAGGAAGACGAGUCAAGAGCUUAUCAAUCUAGGGCUCAAUUCAGUUUGUCUUGAUGCUCCAAGAUUGAGAGAAUCAUCUCGAAAACCUAACAGAACUGAUGAUGCUAGCGCUAGCAGUGGCCGCAGAAGAAGCAAAAACAAUGAUAACAGAAACAAUGACGACAAAAACGUCUCCCACAAAAACAGUGGUGAUGGAACUGAAGCAACUGAGACUGAAGAUACAAAUAAAUCCACCACCAAUGCAAGUCGCACCAAGAGAUGGGUGAGGCUGACAUUUGAAGGUGUGGAUCCCCAGAAAUUUCUUGGAUUAGAAUGCAAGGUUUACUGGCCAUUAGAUGCUGAUUGGUAUUUUGGCCGAAUUGCAAAGUAUGACUCAGAAAGCCAUCGUCAUCAUGUUGAAUAUGAAGAUGGUGAUGAUGAGUGGGUUAUCUUAUCUAAAGAAAGAAUUAAGUUCAAUGUGUCUCCGGAUGAGAUAAAAAGUCUAGAGUUGACUUGCGAUCUUCAUUGUUCAGAAACAGAUGAUCUUGAUGUCAAUGAGAUGAUUGUACUUGCUGCUAAUCUGGAUGACUGUCAUGAUAUUGAGCCUGGGGAUAUCAUAUGGGCCAAAAUUACUGGUCAUGCUGUGUGGCCAGCAAUUGUGUUAGAUGAGUCCUGUGUUAGCAUUCGUCGAGGUUUAAAAAAGAUUUCAGGAGAAAAAUCAGCACUUGUGCAAUUUUUUGGCACCCAUGAUUUUGCUAGGGUUAAAACAAAGCAAGUGAUCUCAUUUCUUAAAGGGCUUUUAUCUUCUUACCACCUGAAGUGCAAGAAAUUGGAUUUCAUUCGGAGCUUGGAAGAAGCAAAAACGUAUCUUAGCAGACAAAGACUUCCAAAGGGUAUGUUACAGCUAAGAAAUGGUGUUGGCAAUGAUAUUGGAGCUGAAAGUGAAGAGGAUGAAGGUAGUGGUGGCUCAAAGAAGAGGUGUUUGAGUAGUACUGAAAUAGUACAGAAAAAAAUCAAGGGUUCUAAAAGUUGCCCUUUUAUAGUAGGGGAUCUUGAAGUAUUAAAGCUUGGUAAGAUGGUUAAAGAUGUGGAUUGUUUUGAUGAUGAGAAAUCUAUUUGGCCUUUAGGUUAUACAGCUACAAGGAAGUUUCCUUCAUUAUCAGAUCCAAGUGUAUUUUCUGUAUAUAAGAUGGAAGUGCUGAGAGAUACUUGCACAAAAACCCAACCUGUGUUUAGAGUUACAACAGAUGAUGGAGAUCAGUUUGAUGGUCCAGAUCCUUCAUCAUGCUGGAAUAAAAUUUAUGAAAAAAUAAGAAAAAUACAUUCAAGUAGUUAUGAUGAAGGUGCAUCUAUGAGCUUCUUCAAGUCGGGUGCUGAUAUGUUUGGUUUUUCUGAUCCUCACGUGUUGAAACUUAUACAGGGGACAUCAAAUUCAAAGAUGAUAUCAGGGAGCUCACUCAGCAUGCCAAUUGGUUAUAGACCUGUUCAUGUUAAAUGGAAGGAUCUUGAUAAGUGCAACGUCUGUCACAUGGAUGAGGAAUAUGCCAACAAUUUGUUUCUGCAGUGUGAUAAGUGCAGAAUGAUGGUUCAUGCAAGGUGUUAUGGGGAACUGGAACUUGUUGAUGGAGUCCUUUGGUUAUGCAACUUAUGUCGCCCAGGGGCACCUGAAUGUUCUCCACCCUGUUGCCUUUGUCCAGUUAUAGGAGGUGCUAUGAAGCCUACAACAGAUGGAAGGUGGGCUCAUCUAGCAUGUGCCAUGUGGAUACCAGAAACUUGUUUGUCUGAUAUCAAGAAAAUGGAGCCAAUUGAUGGGCUGAAUAGAAUUAGUAAGGAUCGUUGGAAGCUUUUAUGCAGCAUCUGUGGUGUUCCAUAUGGAGCUUGUAUCCAGUGUUCAAACAAUGCAUGUUAUGUUGCAUAUCAUCCGCUUUGUGCUCGUGCUGCUGGAUUUUGUGCUGAGCUUGCAGAUGCGGAUAGACUGCAAAUGGUUCAUAUAGAUGAGGAUGAAGAGAAUCAAUGCAUUCGUCUAUUGUCCUUUUGUAAAAGGCAUAGCCCUAAUCCUUCUGUUGAACGUGUUGUUUCUGAUGAACGAAUGGGUCAAAUAUCAAGUCAAGGUUCAGAUUAUGCUCCUCCACUGAAUUCUUCUGGCUGUGCUCGAUGUGAGCCUUAUGAUUAUUUUGGGAGAAGAGGAAGAAAAGAACCUGAAGUUGUUGGUGCUGCAUCUUUGAAGCGAGCAUAUAUGGAGAACAGACCAUAUUUGGUGGGAGGCUUCUGCCAUCAUGACUCCUUAACCAAUGUGUCAUCUUCUCAUUCUGAUUCUGUUUCUCAUACAAGCAUAUUUUCUAUGUCUGAGAAGUAUAUAUACAUGAGGACAACAUUCAGAAAGAGACUUGCAUUUGGUAAAUCUGGAAUACAUGGAUUUGGCAUCUUUACGAAACAACCACACAAAGCAGGAGAUAUGGUAAUUGAAUAUACUGGAGAAAUUGUUAGACCUCCUAUAGCUGACAGAAGAGAACACUUGAUAUACAACUCAUUAGUGGGUGCAGGGACAUACAUGUUCCGGAUUGACGAUGAGCGUGUAAUUGAUGCCACACGAGCAGGAAGCAUAGCACAUUUGAUUAAUCAUUCUUGUGAACCAAAUUGUUAUUCAAGAGUUAUCAGUGUGAACGGAGAUGAACACAUAAUCAUUUUUGCCAAAAGGGAUAUUGCCCAGUGGGAAGAACUGACAUAUGAUUACAGAUUCUUUUCAAUUGAUGAACAACUUGCCUGUUAUUGUGGGUUUCCAAGUUGUCGAGGUACUGGAAUGGAGAAUAAUUUGAGUGGGGGUAGAUUCUGAGGUCCUGCUUUGCGUGUUGUAUUGUUAAUUGAUGGGCGAUUUGUUUCUGGGGCGAAGUGAAAGUUGAUGUUUGUCAUGUCAUGUCAUGUGUAUGAUUUAUCAUAAAUUUAGAUUUUAUUGUUUUAGAUUUAUACGGUCUGUCUAUAUCUUAUCAUCUAAGAACACGAGGGACUGUACAUAACAUCUCGAGAUACACACUGUUUACUCAUUUGGUUCAUGGGCAAAAUCAUCAUUUUGUCUGUGGUUAACGGAGGGGGACAACCAAAAGGACCAGAUGUGAUGGAUUUUAAAACUCUAGGGAUUGACCGUGCUAAGUUUCUGAAACUAUCACAAUGUUAAAUGUACUGCCAACAUGGACUAUUCUGUAAUUUACU